AUGGGUUUUACUGUGGUCGAAAAAGUUGAGGGUUAUCCGUACUUAUACGAUAAGUCCAGUAAGCAUUUUAAAGACCAACACUUGAGAGAAAAUAGUUGGAAACAAAUUUCUGAAGAACUAGAAAUGACCGUGAAAAAUUGCCAGAGAAUUUGGUUAAGUUUGCGGAAUAAAUAUGGAAGGGAAAAGAAAGCAUUGCCUUCUGGUUCCGGAGCUCCUGUUACUCCACAAUGGGAGUAUUUGCAGGCAAUGUCUUUUCUAAAUGCAUACAUUAAGCCCAGAAAUACACAUACAACAACACCAGUAGCAAAAAAUAAGUCCAUGACUACCCUACAUCAAUAUGAUCCACCUUUGCAGUCACCCAAUUUUAUUGAUAGUCAAAGUAGGUGCUCCAAUGAAUGGUCAAAUUCUACAAUGAUAGAUAGCCCUAUAGAAUCUCCCAAACAGGAUUAUAUGCUAUCUCAAGAGUCGAAUAAAGAAAAUGAUGUACAUUAUUCUCAAGAAGAGUCAAUGUGCGAGGAAAAUAUAUUCAUUGAAAUUGAAAAGACACCCACUUCAAAUCCCGGAACGGUGCAGCUUGCUAGUAAAGGAAAGAAUAAAAUGAAAAAAUAUGCAACUGAACCUGACACAUCUAAAGGGAUUGUUGAUGCUGCCAAAUCCAUCACCGAACAAUUAAAUAAUUUUUCCCAAAAGAAGCAACAGCCGAAAACGUCAGCAGAUAUUUUGGGUAAAUAUAUUGCUAGCAUUUUAAAAGAAAUGACUCCUGGGCAACAGAAAAUUAAAAGGCAAAGACUAUUACAGGUUUUAGAAGAUGAUGAUUAAUUAUUUUCAAUUUAAUAGUUUUUGUAUUAUGACUUAAU